CUCAAACCCGUCUCCGCCCCGACUCGCGCCUUCACAACCUCCUCCCCCCUCUCCAUUGCGCGCAAAUACAUCCCUCGCCCAACCCCGAGCAAAUACACCCGCCGACCGCCCCCCUACCUCCGCAAACCCGACGAAACCAUUCCCCCAUAUCCCUACCCCAACGACAUCUACAAGCCCGCCAACUCCGGCCUCUACGGCGGCCAGCGCGUCCGCUUUGGGAACAACCGCGGCAAGAUCUUCAAGACCAAGACCAACCGGAUCUGGAAACCGAACGCGCAAUGGAAACGCAUCUACUCUGUCGCCCUGGGACAGUUCAUCCGCCUUCACAUCACGACGAAGGUGAUGCGCACCGUCGACAAAAGCGGUGGGCUGGAUCGGUACCUGCUCGGCGAGACGCCGGCGCGGAUCAGGGAGCUGGGGCCGUACGGUUGGUUGCUGAGGAUGCGGGUCAUGCGGACGGAGUGGGGGAUGGACUUCCUGCGGACGGAGCGGAAGCGGUUGGGGGUACCG